CUCCGAGUAAAGUGAGGAGGCGGGGAAGUCUUAGCCAUAGCGGGGAGCAUAAAAGCAUUGGAAACCCCAGCAAUUAGAUGACAUUGUAGUCUUCAAUUCCCAAAUGUCUCACGACACCCUAACUGAUCUGAUCCGGCAAAUCCAGAUCCUGACCCGGAAGGAAUCUGGCUUACCGGACUACGACCCGAAAGAUCCGACCCUCCCCCCGUUGCCUUCUGUCUCCGCUACCGUUGCUACCUUGGACCCUUCGCCUCCCAACCUCCGCUGCAAGCGCUGCCGAGGGCGGCUUCUCAGAGGAAUCCAAUCUCUGAUUUGCAUUUACUGCGGCCUGAAACAGCACCAAAAGGACGAGGCAUCAGCCCCCGAACCCAUUUCAUUUAACUCUACUCUUAGCUAUCGUUUGUUGCUGCAGUCACUCCGCCUUGAUGGAUCGGAAAAGGUUGGGCCACUUAGUGAAAAGGGUGAAACGCUUGAGUUUAAAAGAGGUCACAAUAUCCAAAAAGAUAACAUUUGCUUGUCUGAGCUCUUAGAUUUUAAAAUAGGAUUAUUCAACAACCAGGAAAAGCCAGAAACUGACCAGGAGCAACAAGGCAACAGCUCUUUAAAUUAUGACUUUGUUGACCUCGACAGUUUUUUCCCCAGAGCAAAGGGUGAUAGUACAAUUGAUCCGGAAAAAAUUGAACAAGCUAAAACUGUAGGUACUCAUGAUCAUAGUUCGUUUCAGAAUGCCCAGCCCCUCCAACAAGCUGUCACCCCAUCUCAAGAUUAUGAAAGAGCUGAUUUUUCUGGAUGGGAGGCAGAUUUUAGGUCUGCUGAUUCCGAAGCUCCGAGUGAUUCAAAGACAUUUAACGCUGGGACUGGCUCUACAGUUGAUUCUUCUAUAGGUUAUGCCACUGAUCUUUCUGAGCACAUGGAUUCUAUCUUCGCAAAGAACUUAUGUGGGAGUGAAAAAGAAGACAAGUCAGAAACUUUGCAUAAAGUGAGCGAUUGGAGUUCAGGUGACUUGCAGAGUAAUGCUACAACGGAAGUUUUUCAGAAAAAAGAGCCAUUUGACUCAAAGGUGGAAGUGCAUGAUCAUCAUCAACAAAAGAGUUCAGACAGUCCGGCGAAUGUUGACUGGUUUGAAGAUGAACAGUGGCCAACUAGUUUGUCCAGUGCAGCAAACGUAGGAGAAGAUUCGAUUGAUGAGUGGAAUGAUUUUACCUGCUCAAGCAAUGUCAAAGAUCUUCAGGAAAAGGAAAGCACACAAGUUGAAAAUCAGGCCAACUUUCAUUUGGACAGUAUAGAAUCUCAUACUGCCAACGCACCCAAUUAUAAUUCAACGGAUGCGGAUGGGGAUAUGUUUGAAGAUUGGAAUGAUUUCACAGCAUCAACUGUCAUAUCAGAAAAUGAUAAUGCUGCAAAUACUUUUGGAAACACUUUAGGGUUGAACUUUUUUAGCUCUAAUGAGUUUGGCGAUAUGAAUCCUUGCAACUUUUCGCAUUCAGGGACUAAGAUUCCUGGACUAGAUCACUCCUUGGGCAGCAACAGCAGCAGCACGGUGGACAGUAAGGGUACUGGAAAAGCUGUGGUCGAGGGUGAUGGCGACAAUAUCAACAAAAUUAAAACGAAAGAAUCAACCCCGCAGUCAGAUGGCAGCAAUGAUGAUGUAGUAGAAUUUUAUUUGUCUCAGAUGCAUGAUCUCUCAUUCAUGCUUGACACCAACCUUUCCAUUCCCUCCAAAUCACAUAGUAGCAAUCCACGUCAUUGACCACCUCUCUCUCUAUCUCUGUUGACUUGCUCCGGCCACAAGGCCCACAACAUGCAUGUCUUCUAACUUAUUCUGGUUUCUGUUUGACUUCUUUAUAUAAAUAUGGGGUUCUCAUAAGCUCAUUUCUUGUAAUAUGUAUGUAGUCCACUCUAGCCUAGCAUAUAAACAAGGUUGUUUUGUUCUGCAAUUCCACUGGUUGGUUUAAUUUGUAUGCAGCCAGGCAGAGAGACAGGAAUACAGUUCUUAAAAGCAUCCAUUGCCCUGUGGCAAGCAAUAUAACAUGAAGUAGUGAUAAGUUCAAGGAAAAGGGUAAGAGAAGCAUAAUGGGCAGGGAGAGACAGACAGCGUGAGUGGCUAACCUCGGAGCUUCGCAGAGCCCAAGGUAACAGCGAAUAAGGAGUCUUAGUAAGCGUAAACACGGCUGCCUCUCAGGGAGUCUGUCUACCGCACUUCCCAGUACACGAACCAAUGCGAAGAACCGUGCCCCAUAUGCAGUGCAGUACUUCAACCCCUCCUCUUCCAUCACUAUCUUCAGUAUCACCCAGGCUGAAACCUGCAUUCAUCUUCUUUUUGUGAGUUUUUUUAUAUCUACUCUAUGUGCUGUGUGUAUAAAUACCAUCCGCCUAAAUUAGUUUCUUCUGAAAUUAAAUGUCGAAACUCUUAACGAAAUAUACUUUGUGAAAUCAAUGAACUUACCGUCUGAGUGAGCUCAUCACCAAGUUCCAUGCAACGGAGGCACAUAGGAAAAAAUUCAGACUUCAGGAGAAAAUGGACAAUUAGUUUUCCUUCUAGACCCUCACCCUGCACCCAAAUAUUUAUUGCACUCGGAGUUUAAAAUUGAAAUGCAGAGAUAUUGGAAAGAAGCAAGAAAAAGCAUGGAUAAAUUUGUAGUUUAUAUGGCAAACUACAAAUACCAAAUUUGAAAUUACGCAAGUACUCCGUAAUUGGUAAUAAAAAGUUUUUCAAAGAAGAAUAUGGAGGAGAUAAUGAAAAGUAGAGGAACUGAGGAAGUAUGAUGUAUGCACUAGGGGUGUAUUGGU